GGCUGAAACCACCGCCAAUUCGAAGCCUCUUAUGCUGCUCUCGCCAUAACUUGUCCUGAUACCUUUCCCAUUUUCUUCCUCGAGGUCGAGUUGCCGGUGCGCUAGCAUCGAAUAGCACCCGCAUCAGUGGUCCCGACCCCACGCAACGCAUCACAUCACCAUGGACUCGACUGCACAUCUUCUCGCAACCGCCCACCACCUCCAUGAUCGCGCUGGGGGUAUGGCCGGUGGCCAUGGUGAUCGCCCGCCGUCCUACAAAAUCAUCGGUCUUAUUCUGGCAAUCGCAUCAGGCGUCUUCAUUGGCACCUCGUUCGUUAUCAAGAAGCAUGGCCUGCUGCAGGCAAACAUGAAAUAUAAUGAAGAGGCCGGCGAGGGUUAUGGUUACCUCAAGAACGCCUGGUGGUGGCUCGGCAUGACGCUCAUGAUUGUGGGAGAGGUAUGUAACCUAGUUGCAUAUGCCUUUACCGACGCCAUCCUCGUAACACCCAUGGGCGCUCUAUCCGUCGUCGUUUGCGCCAUCCUGUCCACCAUCUUUCUGAAGGAACGUCUGAGCUUUGUUGGGAAAGUGGGCUGCUUCAAUUGCAUCAUUGGAUCCGUUGUCAUCGCUGUAAACGCCCCGGCGCAGUCGGCUGUUGCCCGUAUUCAGGACAUGAAGAAGUGGUUCAUCACACCUGGCUUUCUCAGUUACGCAGGCGUCAUCAUCGUCGCAUGUGUCAUCAUCGCCCUCUGGCUUGGGCCUAAAUAUGGAAAGAAGACUAUGAUGGUCUAUAUCAUCAUUUGCAGCCUAAUUGGAGGUCUCAGUGUGGUUGCAACUCAGGGCCUAGGUGCUGCCAUAGUAGCGCAGGCUUCUGGCAGGUACGGUGGGCAGUUCAAAGAAUGGUUCCUCUAUGUGCUAUUCGGUUUCGUGAUAAUAACUUUGUCCGUCGAAAUCAUCUACUUAAACAAAGCCUUGAAUCUCUUCAACGCCGCCUUGGUUACCCCAACGUACUACGUCUUCUUCACUUCGGCCACCAUCAUUACCUCGGCUGUCCUCUUUCAAGGUUUCAAGGGAACACCCUUACAGAUCGUCACCGUCAUCAUGGGCUUCUUGCAAAUUUGUUCAGGGGUAGUCCUCUUACAACUCUCCAAGUCUGCCAAAGACGUACCAGACGCUGCCGUGUUCAAGGGAGAUCUCGACCAAGUGCGUACCGUGGCUGAGAUGGAAGAGCCAGAAUACGAGCCUCGAGCAGACACACUUCGUGGUGGCGCCGCUAUCCUCCGUACUUUGUCCACGGCUAGAUCAAAGAAGGAACUUAAUGAGGCCAUCAAGAUCAAGGAAGAGCACAUGGAGCCCAUUGGCGAGGGCGACCAAUUCGAAUUUGAUGGACUUCGAAGACGCAAAACUGUGGUUGGCGGCGAUUUCAGUCUUCCACCCACCCGCAGCGGCACGGUUAUUACGAAGACGGUCCACCCGCCGCUCGGCAUGUCGCAGUUCCCCGCCUAUGAGUCGGACGAUGACAACGACAGUUUCCACCCCGGCUUCUUCCAGCGUCUGCGAUCCCGGGGUAAAUCGACUAGUAGUCGCGACAGCUCUCAUGCUCACGGGUCUAAUCCUAUGGGCAUGAAGACCCUUCCUCCUAUCCCUACAGAUGGAGCUUCAGACAUAGAACGCUCCUCGGACAUGGGGUCCUACAAGCAGAAUAUGUCGCAGGAUACAUCGUACAAAUCGCACGAUGCCCACAUUCAGUUCGCUUCGCUUCCCGAGCCACCAAACUCUCACGACCGCCAAUCAUCUGCCUCUUCCUCUCUGAUACCCCCCAGGCCAACGGCGCAUAUUGCUAAACGGCAAUUCUCCUUCCAGAACGUCUUCGGUAGAAAUCGUUCCGAGUCGACAGGUGAAAGCUCCGGCAAACGACCAGUCAGCAGAAGCAGUCGCAAGAGUAGCCGCGAAGGCAAAUUGACUGCGACAGAAGAAGAGCGGCUGGGGCUAGUCAAGGGUGAUUCGACGAAUUUACUCCCCAUACCAAGUCACGGCAGUGGAGAGUUGAACCCACCCACCUACACAGAUGACUGGGAAAUGCCACGAAGUUACUCUCCUGAUACGGCGCCGCGACUGCCUAUGCCAGGUGUGAGGAGAGCCGAGACAGACGAGAUCGAUCCGCUAGAUGACAAGGACUUCGAAAAGGGUGGGACGAGGUCGGGUGCUUUCCUGUAAUUUUCCUCGCUUUGCAACCCAGUGUUGAUUACCUUGUUCUCGUUUCGUAUAAGCGCAUUGUUCUUUGUCGUCUUUUUUUUCUGCGUGUCGUUGCAUAGCCCUUGUAUCUUCUGCGUUUUUCCGUCCAGAGACGCUUUUUUCUCGUCCUUUACUCUUCACACAUGAUACCAAUAUCAUGGAUCUUAAUGAGUAUGUCAUGUAUAGAUAGGGAGGAAGGCAAUAUAU